UGAACGACAUCUGUCAGAAUUCCAAGAUAACCAUUAGUUUGUGAAAAAGAAUAAAAAAUCAUCUUUUUGUAUUUAAUCGAUAAUAAUCAAUUCUAGUUUCAUUGAAAACCUUUAUAGACGUACAUAAGUUGGUGCUUAAUAUUUAUACUUAGUGGAUACUUUUGGUGUUUCUUCCUAGAUAAAAUGCACGGAAGAAUUAAAGUUCGAACAACUGAAGAAGAAAAGGCUAGAAAAGAAAAGGAAAGGCAAGAGAAACUGAAAAUCUUUAAACAUGCAAUGCAGAAGAUUUUUAAAAAAAGAAAAGAUGGUGAGCAAGAUGAAGAACAACUAGAAAUUACUGGAAAGACACUGUCAUCUAAUCCAGAUAUUUAUACACUGUGGAAUAUAAGGCGAGAAAUACUUAUUGUUUUCAGUAAAACAAAAAGUGAAGAGGACAUGUCAAAGUUGUAUGACACAGAGUUGAGUUUAACUGAGUAUUGCUUAAAAAUAAAUCCAAAAUCAUAUUGCGCUUGGCAUCAAAGAGAAUGGGUGCUAUCUGCCAGACCGAAUCCAGAUUGGAAGAAAGAGCUUGAAUUGUGUAACAUGUAUCUCAAGUAUGAUGAAAGAAAUUUUCAUACUUGGGAUUAUCGCCGAUUCGUUGUCAGCCAAUGCAAGCCACCGCUUCAAGAAGAGUUUGAUUUCACUACAGAAAAACUAUAUGACAACUUCUCAAAUUAUUCAGCUUGGCAUUACAGAAGCAAAUUGCUAGUUCAGCUAUAUCCUGAUGAAAAAGGAGGCAGACCAAUCCAAGAUAAUCAUCACAAACAUGAAUUGAAAAUGGUUCAAAGCGCUGCCUUUACAGACCCUGAUGACACAAGUGCCUGGUUUUAUCAAAGGUGGUUACUAGGUGCAGUAAAAGUCACAAUUCAACUUGUUUGUUGCACUGUGACUCCUUCAAAGACAACACUUGCUUGGAGCAAAAGAGUUUCUAAUGAUUAUAUAAAUAGCAAUAUAAAGUUGUAUAUCAAUAAUCAGGUUGUUGAUGGCACAUGGAUCUCUUGCACUGGACUUGAUUAUGAUGAUGUGUGGAUUCUUGAACACAAUCAUGAAGUUGCUGAUGAUUUAGACAUUAUGGUAGAACACACUCUUAGUGAUGAAAAUCAUAUAAUUAUCAAUUGUGAGAAGUACCAACCUUAUACAUAUGUGGGCAAGAAUAAAAUAUGUUUCAAAAACCAAUAUUCUCAACCUGUGAUAGAAGAGCUAAAUGAGCAACUGGAUUCAUGUAGACAAUUACUAGCCCUAGAACCAGAUAAUAAAUGGACAUUACUAACUACAACAUUCUUCUUAUACUGUAUUGAUGCAAGUCUAUAUCACAAAGAAAUUGUGGCAAAUCUAGAUUUGCUAAAAGAUUUAGACACUCAAAGAGCUGGAUACUAUAGUGAUUUAAUAUCGAAAUGGAGUAUUGAGCAACAGUUACCGAAAGAUUAUGAGACUGAGAAUACAAGUCUACAGUAUAAAAUAGUUUUUAGUGAAAAGAUAACGAGGUUACCUCAUUUACAGUAUUACAGUUUCUGUCAAAUUGUUGACCUAUCCUGUCAAAAUUUGACAUCAAGGAGUUUACCAACUUUAAUCAAACUGCAGCAUUGUAAGGUACUAAAUCUAUCAAGCAACAAAAUAACCACAAUAGAAAAUUUUCCUGCUAUAGAAUUGGAAGAGUUGCAUUUAGAAGAUAAUAUUGAAUUACAUAAGACACAGGUUGAUAUAUUUAAAGAUAAACACAAAUCUAUGAAAAUAUAUUUUUAAUUCUAAUUUAAUUUCUAGGCAGUAUGUAAUAUGUAUUUCUCUUAUGUACUGUAAUAAAAGUUAAUGUAUGUUUGUCUGUCUGUUAUCUUAAUUUUGGCACAGAGAUGAGUUUCCUACUGAGUGUAUCCUCGUAUAAGUGUUGAUACAGACAGACUGGAAAAUUGCAGUUAUGUUAACUGUAAUAAAACCGCAUCCAAAACGCAAUUUUUCAGUCGGCUUGCAGUCCAUCUUAUGCCCUUUAAAAGUAAAAUACAUUUAUUAGUCUUUUUACUUUUUCAAAAUUGAUGAACCUAUCUUGAUAAAAUCUGCAUAACUUGCAUUCUAUAAGAUGGGCAUAAGUAAUUUUUUCAAAAGGAUGUGAAUAUAAUUAUUGUACAGUUUAUAUAAAUAAUCCCAUAUAGAGUCGCAGACAAGAGCUAGCUUAACAUUUUUAAUGGAGCACUAAAUAAGAAAGUUUCCUGUGACACAAAAACAAAAAAUAGUAGGUAAUUACAUCAAUUGGAUUGGAAAAUGGUUGGAUUUAUUAUCUAUAAAGAAAUAAUGUUUAAAUACUUUAAAAAACUGGUUAAGUACGAGGACUCGCACACCAAGGGUUCCAUACCAUGCACUUAUACCAUAACACUAAGUAGGUAACUUUUAAAUUUUUUAUUUGCAUGGUGCCCAUUUUGAAAUUCGGCACCUUGGUUUUUAGAGUUCCGUACCAUGUAGUAAGUAAAAUUUGAUAUUAUUAACAGUAAAGCUCUAUAAACAAAGUUUUGCUGCUCGUUAACAAGUCAUUUUUACCGUUUUUUCUUUUGUAGUACGAAACCCUCGGUGCGCAACAUUGACCCGUGCUUGGCCGGCUUUUUAUUUAUUUGAUAUAUUUAUAGCGACAAUAGAAAUUUACAGAGGAAAUUUUAACUCUCCACCUAUUACAGUUCAUGAGAUACACCAUACAGCCCACAGACAGACAGAUGGGCAGACAUUGAAGGCUUAGUAAUAGGGUCUGAUCCUGUUGGUAGAGAACGCAAAAAAAUUAAAACUUUCUUAUUGCAAUGCUAAUUACUUAUUAGGGAUGUACUAUGUAAAAUGAAAUUUCAUUGGGAUUUCUGAGAUGUCUAGUUUGCCAUACACAGAAAAUGCAGAAUCACUUUCAACAAACAUCAUUAAUUAAUAAAGCAUCUUAAAAUUUCCUACAGGCUUUUUGGCCAUAAGAUUAUGCUUUCUACCAAUAAGAGUAUUCUUGUUGUUUUAGAAUUCCAUUGAAAUUAGUUGCACAUGUUAGCAAUCAAUUCAUGCAGGUUAAACAAAAUACUCUUGUUGGAAAAGUCCAUACAGAUGUUGAAACUAUUUUUUUAUAUAUAUUUUUUAUUUGUAAUUUUAGGUUUUAAUGUCUAAUACUAAGAUUAAAUAACAAAAAUGUUUAUUAUUUAUACCUACGUCUUACACACUAUAGUCUUAUUUACAAUGUAAACUGAACCAAACUUUAACUUUAAUGAACAGAAACCAAUGUUUACAUUCUCCUUGAUUAACUUCUAAUAUAAGUAUUUAUAAAAAUCA